CGCAUUGUGCCAACUGCAUUGAGCCCAAGUAGCGUGCAUAGUUAGUGUCCCUUGUACACAAUGCUGGGGAAUCAGACAUCUACAAGUUCUACAUACUACAUCCGCCAAAACUGUAGGUCAUAAGGUAAGUAUACAUGAAAAAUGAGGUACUUGAGUGAGGUUCCAUAUGAAAGGUUCCGGCUCAGAACCGAUACUGUAUCAUACCCAACAAGUAUCUACAGUAACUAGAAAGUGAGGAGAGAGGGGAAGCGUAUGAACUAUCAUGCUCAAGAACCGAGCAUGCCUAUCUCCCUAGGUAUUUUAUUAAUCCAUUUAUCGUGCCUUCGAGAAUCUAUCACUUGUGCGACUUGUUGAAUGCAAAUAGUCACCUAGCGCUGGGUUUGCCUCCGAGGACUACUUGUGAAUAGGAACUGUGAAAGUAAUCGUGCUCAAUGGAGUUCCCCUUUGAAGUCAAAGAGCAUAUCAUCCCCGCGCAACAUCUGAGGGAAUGGCCGCGAGCUACAGGAACCUCGCAAGAAGCCAUCUUGCGCAUUCACAUCAAACAAUACCGCCCGAAGGACAACCUCAAUCCCCAACCGGGCGAUGUCACGAUAAUUGGAGCGCACGGGAACGCAUUUCCGAAAGAAGUCUACGAACCGUUAUGGUGUGAUCUACACGCUCAGUCACGGGCCCACGGUUUCCGUAUCCGCAACAUCUGGAUCGCCGACGUGGCCCAUCAGGGCUAUAGCCACAGGCUCAACGAGCAGCUGCUUGGCAACGAUCCGGGCUGGGCUGACCACGCCCGGGACCUCCUGUACAUGACCAACGUCUUCCGCAGCGAGAUGCCUCGGCCCAUCGUUGGCAUAGCACACUCAUUCGGCGGGAACAUCCUCGUUCAAUUAGCGCUGCUCCACCCCCGUCUGCUCAGCGCGCUCAUUCUCUACGAUCCCGUCAUCAGCGUCUUUUCACAGAAGCAGACCGGUGCUAUAUUUGGGGUCCGCCUUGCUGUCGCGCGCCGCGAUUCAUGGCCCACCCGGGAGGCCGCCAUUGAGUCCUUCCGUCGCCCUCGCGGUAUGUUUUCCACCUGGGAUCCACGGGUUCUGGAGGCUUGGAUUGAUCAUGCGUUGCGCGAUGCGCCGGGAGACGCCGCUGGGAACCGCGAAGGCAACGGGGUAACGCUCGCUACACCGCGCCAUCAGGAAAUCUUCACCUACUUCCGGCCCCUGUAUCCGCACGAGCGCGCUGAUGGUACUGUCGACCGAGAAGGUGCACCGGACUUCGACCCAGCCUUCAAUGAUCCGCUAGAGGUGCGUCGCCAGUUUCCCUUCUACCGAAGCGAGGGCCAUCUAGUUGUCGAGCGGCUGCUGAAUGUACGGCCUUCUGUUCUCUGGGUCUUCGGCGGGUCUAGCGAUAUCACCCUGCCACCAUCGUCCCGUUCGGACAUCGCACGGGCGUGUGGGACUGGUUGCAGCGGCAGCGGCGGGAUGGCGGCCGGUAGGGUCGCCGAGAUUCAUGUCGAAGGUCGUGGUCACUUGUUUCCCUUGGAAAGUCCGGGCCUCUGUGCUGAGCACGCAGCCAAAUGGAUCCAACGGGAAAUGGAAUAUUACCACAAGACCGAACGGGAGUAUGCGGAAUGGACGCGUCUGACAUUAUCGGAAAAGACGACAUUGAGUCCUGAGCAUGCUACUGCGUUGGGAAGUUUGCCGUCUAGAAAACGACCCACGGAUGACAAAGGUUCUAAGUUGUAAGUCGUCUGUAGUAAGUCCAUCCGUGAGGGGCAUGUUGAAAAGGGGGCGAAUUUGCGAGGAAUACUCUCACCAGAAGUCAUAAGUCGUCUCAUUUUCGGGCUAUCGAAACAAGUUGAAGAAAACGGCUGGUUCAUGUCCUGGAAGCCUGGGUUGCUAAUGUUUCUAUGUUUGAGGAUCUAGACUAUGAAACUUUUGCGUUGCUGUGAUAGAUUGAAAAUACUUGAGUAGUAGCUUAUUUCCUCUUCCACCGUAUGCUCCUCUUCGCUCACCGCGAAACCGCGUAUGGCCAGACAAACAUCAUACUUCAACAAAAGGAAUUUUCAAAGAACCCCUAAUAAUUGAGCUAGCAACCCCCUAUGAGGUAGGUGCCUUCGCAGAGACUCGUGUUAAUUGACAGCGAGUCUAAUGACCCUACUACUAGUAUGUACAUAGUGAAUCAGCACUUGAUCUCCUUCACUACCGAGGUACUCGUUGGAACUCCACUUCCGUCGCCAACGCUACUCCAAAGUGAGCGUUAGCUUGAUCAUGCCUAGUCAACUUGAUAAAACUCAGAUACUUAAUCUUAUAUAUGAU